UCCAGACCUCCUGGGGUAUCUUUUGAGGCACAUUAGGACACUAGGGCCCAGCAGAUGUAGGUACUUCUUCUGAGCUUUAAGGAGCCCCCGUCUGAAGCCACAGAUCUGGUAUGUGAAUCAGAUCUGGUUUCAGACUCGCAAUAUUAAGGAUCUAGAUUUUAGAAGGGCUCCAAUCUAUGAAAUCCUGGAAUAUGAGGGUCAUCCGAGUGUUACAGAUGUCUGUUUUGUUGGUGGGGCUCUGCCAGGCCCAGCGUGCCCCUCCACUCUCCACCUCAGAGGAGGCAGGUGGGGUCCCCGUGUCCCAGCUGAAGAUGUUGGCACUGGGACUGUCUCACCUGCUGAAGGGUGUGGAGGAGAACGCCAGGCAGCUGGAGCAGCGGGGAGAGCGGGCGGCAGCCGAGCUGGACGGGGCCACGAAGAACCUGGAGAGCCUUCGAAAGCAAAGUCCAAAGGCAGGACGGAAUCACAGACAGGUGAGGAAGGACCUGCAGAUUCUGAGUGCCAGGGGGGACAGGCUGUCGAAGGCGGCCAGAGAUCUGCAGAAGGGGCUGGAGGAUGUGGAGAUGGAGCAGGGAGUCAUGCAGCAUCGGAUAAACCGGAUCCUCCAGAAAAUAAAGAGCCUGACGGAGCCCAAGUCAAGGGGUCCAACACAGCUGGACAUGGGGUCUGUGAAGGUUAUGAUGGAUAAACAGGCCCGACUGCUCGCCAGUCUGACCACAGAGGUUUCGUCCCGGGACAGAAUGAUUGACAGGCGCCGGCGGCACAUUGACCACCUGGAGAAACAGAUAUCUGAGAGCCUCCCAGGCGCACUGAGGGCAGAUUCUCACUCCGACUGUGUGUGAUGAGCACAGCUGCAUCAACACAGCCCCUCUGAGCCAACACACCAGCACACCGCCAUUAUGCCGCUACGAAAAUGAACUGCUCUGUAAUUUACAAAACCAUGCAUCACAUUUAACAAAUAUGUAGAUAAGUACACAGUUGGGUUACUCGUCUGUGAUGUCCUCGCGGCCUACAGUAUGUUCAGAAAUAGUUCAGAAAUAAAGCUUUGCUUUUCUGCAAA